AUGCCCAGCACUGGGCUCUGCAGCUGCCAGGGUGGUUGGGUGCUGGCCCUGCUGCUGGCCUAUGUCUGCUACCUAUGGUCUGGUGCCACCAUCUUCCAGCUGCUGGAGAAGUGAUCUGAGGCUUAGUCCAGGGACCAGAUUCAGUUUGAGAAGCUGCACUUCCUGGAGAACUACACUGGCCUGGACCGCUGGGCACUGGAGCAGUUUGUGCAGGUCAUCAUGGAAGCCUGAGUGAAAGGCUUGAAUCCCAAAGGCAACUCUCUCCCCAGCAACUGGGACUUCAGCAGCAGCUGCUGCUUUGCAGGCAUGGUUGUCACCACCAUAGGAUAUGCAAACGUGGCGCCCAGCUCGGAGGCAGGUCGAAUCUUCUGUGUCUUCUAUGCCCUGGUGGUCAUCCCGCUCAAUGAGGUCUCUCACCUAGGCACGGAGCUGCGUACCCACCUCGCCACCCUCAAGAGGUGAGAGGACCUGUCAAGGUGCUCCCAGCUACUGCAGGUCCUGGGUCUGGCUCUGCUCCUGACCCUGGGGUCGCUGGCCAUUCUCAUCUUCCCGCCUAUGAUCUUUGGCCAUGUGGAGGGCUGGAGCUUCUGCGAGGGCUUCUGCUUUGCUUUUAUCACUCUCAGCACCAUCGGCUUCAGAUACCCCCUGGCAUUGGUGCUGUCCCCUUGCCUGGCAGGCACAGGUCCCAGCAAGCAUUACAUCUCUGUGUACCGGAGCCUGGCGGCCAUCUGGAUCCUCCUGGGCCUGGCAUGGCUGGCACUGAUCCUCCCGCUGGGUUCCCAGCUUCUGCACAGGUGCUCCCACCUCUGGCUGCUCAGACUGAGGCAAGGCUGUGGAGCAGAGGAGGCUUCAGGCGGGAGCCCCAGGAAAGGAUCUACAGCAGCAAGAGGGAACCAGGUUACACCCCAGGACUUCCUGUCAUCCAACAGAGGACUGGGAAACUGA